ACAAAGCUUGCCCUAGACUUAAGAAUGGUAGUUGUAGCUCACCAAGAAGGAAGUAGGAGAGAUCGAUGGGAAAAACCCAGUGGCAAAGAAAGCAAUCAUCGGGCCAGCAACAAGACUGUUGUGGGUUGAUGCUUCUGAAGCGUGUAAAGGAAUCCUGAAGACAGCACAUGGGAGAAUUGCUCAAGAUUCUAAAUUGCAAGGAAAGUGCUGACAUGCUUUGGUGGAGGAAAUUGCCUCAUCUGGGAGGACCCAAUGUCAACGAAACCACAGGGGCCAGUGGGAUGAAGACUGCUUUCACCUGCCUCUUCCUCAUCUUCCUCAUCCUUCCUGGGCACCUGGUCCAGCCUCACUGUUCCCUAGAUGAUCUCUUAAACAAGAAGAUCAAGGAGCAGGCUAGCUCCUAUGUUCUGGCUGCCCUUCACAAGCUUCAAAUGACCUGCUCCAGUGUUACCUCUCGGGGUGCUCUAGCCACCUGCCCCUCAGGGUCCAUCGUCACUGGCUGUUCAUGUGGUUCAGCCUGUGGCUCCUGGGAUGUUCGUGAGCCCACCAUUUGUCACUGUCAAUGCGCUGGAAUGGACUGGACUACUGCCCGCUGCUGCAAGUUGAGGGGCCAAUGAUGAGCCAGGACAGAGCCUUCCCUUGCCUUCUUCCCACCAAAUCCUUCCUGAGUGUGGCCUGCUCCCGGGAGCCAAAGCUAGAGGUUAAAUAAAUGUGGCAUGUGGUCAGAG